UUACUUCAAUCAAACACAAACAGUUUAACUAUUACAAACCUAACAAAUAACAAACAACACUCUUCUUCUUCUUCUACAUCUCCUCUCUCAAUAUUCAUUUCCUUUUUCCCAAUGGCAACAAGAAAAAACUUCCUCUUUCUCGGAGGAAAAGACAGAGUUACCCCUCUCCCCUCUAGCAGCCUCCAGUUUGAAUUUGACGAAGCUGAAAUAUGGUGUAACAACACUAGUUCAAACGAAAAUGUUGUUCAUAAUUCUGAAGCCAAAAUAUCAAUACCCAAUUCAAGAUUCUUGAAAAAAACAGGGAAAAAGAGUGAAAGAUCAAGGGCAAUUUCGUCAACAUCAUUGCCGGUGAAUAUACCGGAUUGGUCGAAAAUUCUAGGGGAAGAGUACAGGAGUUGUCCGAAAGAAAUUGAUGAUAAUAAUGUUGUUGAAGAUUUUGAUUAUGAAAGUGGAAUUCCACCACAUGAAUAUUUAGCAAGAACAAGAGUUGCUUCAUUUUCAGUACAUGAAGGUAUUGGAAGAACACUUAAAGGAAGAGAUUUGAGUAGGGUAAGAAAUGCUAUUUGGAAACAAACUGGUUUUGAAGAUUAGUAAAUCUUGAUUAAUUAGCCGGAGCACCGGUAAAGUUGUAUCUGUGAUAUAUAGCUCAACGGUUUGAGCCGUGGAGUCGGUUAUUAAUGCUUGCGUCAAGGUAGACUGCUUACUUUAUACACCUGAGGUGCAGUCCUUAUCUUGAUCCUGCCUAAAUACAAGAUAUUUUGUGCACCGAGCUGCCCUUUUGAUUUUUUUCGUUAUUGGAUUAAUGGGUUAAUUUUUGUAAGUUAUUAUGGGGUUGGAUUGAUCCUCUAGUUUUGAUGGUUAUCUUUUAGUUGUGACUUCAAUUCAGAGGAUCUAAUGUAAUGUAAGUUUGUGUUACAUUAUUCAUAUUUCUUUUCCUUAGAUUUUGCAUAAUCCUUUGGAUUUUUAAUGGAAUAUCAGUCCAGAGGGAUUAGUUUGUAAUUUUAAACUUGAUGAGUUUGGAUAUAUUGGUACUGUAGAAUCUUAUCACCUAACUAAUUUAUUUUUUUUC